AUGACACUCGAACAGCUGGAAGCAAACCAAGUUUCGAUGAGGACUGACAUCGACUCCAUGCAGGCAAAGAUGGAUCGCUUGCUGGAAACCAUGCUACUCUUAGCCCAGAAGGAAAAGGAUAUUGAGACUAACGCUGAAGCCAGGAAAGUUGCUGCUCAGUUUGGAUCACCAUCGCUUGGCAUUCCUGGAGUAACCAACAUCGAUGGUAACCCUGCCCAGCCUGGAGGAGGACCGAUCCCUAUUCCGAUCCCAAUGGUCAAUGCAAACCCUCAUGAGCAUUCUGUUACAUCUGCUCGACAUGGAUCCAUGAUGGGUGAUGAAGAUCUGUAUGACGCUUUCUUCAUGCCACCACCCGCCAAACCUAUUGUUGGAGGUCUCCUAGACCCAGCUGUUGAAAGACUCCAUGCGUUGGAAGAGAAAUUCAAGUCCUUAGAGGUUCACACUACUCCCGGUUUGGACGCCGUCGCUAUGUGCUUGGUGCCAGGCCUUGUGAUUCUGCAAAAAUUCAAAGUCCCGGACUUUGACAAGUACAAAGGGAUCAGCUGCCCGAGAACUCACCUCAGAGCCUACUGUCGCAAAAUGGCUGCACACAUCAGUAAUGAUCAACUCCUGAUUCAUUACUUCCAAGACAGUCUCAGUGGGGUAUCCUUGGAGUGGUAUAUGCAGUUAGAAAGAGGACAGGUCCAAUCAUGGAGAGAUCUCGCUGAAGCAUUCCUAAGGCAUUAUCAGUACAAUACUGAUCUAACACCCAACCGCACCCAACUGCAAGACAUGACUCAACGUAACAACGAGUCAUUUAAGGAAUACGCACAGCGGUGGAGAGAGCUUGCAGCUCGAUCCAGUUUCCCAACUUUUGCUGAGGUCGUCUCUGUGGGAGAACGAAUUGAGAGCCAGAUCAGGAAGGGAAAGCUACCUUGUGCUUCUAAUGCUUCAAAUGGGAUGAAGAAACCUAAUCCUAAUCUCCCAAAGAAGCCAGAGGGGCAGACCAAUGCCAUAAUGAGAGGAGGAGGAUAUAUGGCACCUCCAUAUGCUCAUACGCCUUAUCACCAGACUGCUGCUGUCAUCCCAACACCGUAUCAACCACCAUAUCAGCAACCCUAUCAGCAACAAUAUCAGUAG